UCUCUACAUGCUUCAAAAGUUCAAAUUAUCAUUUGUGUUAGUUUAAAGUUCAAUCAUGGUAACCCUUUGUGGUCUACCUUGUCAUCACAACUCCACCAACUGGAAUCAUAAUCUGUUGACACUCUCACAGUGACUGAAGCUUACUGGACCAAGCCAAUCCCAUUCCCAUUUCCUACCCAUAUAACUCCCUGAAGUGAAGUUUGAGCAAAACUCCAUUGGAAUGCAAGAAUAGUAAAAUGGGUCAUGUAGCAGUGUGGCUGUUGUUUCUGAUUACCAUCACGCUUCACUGUCCUUUAUCUUCUGCUCUCACUCAAGACGGGUUGACGUUGUUGGAAAUCAAGAGCACUUUGAAUGACACUAGGAAUUUUCUCAGUGACUGGCAGGAGUUUGAUGAGUCUCACUGCACUUGGACUGGUAUUACUUGUCAUCCCGGUGAUCAACGAGUUCGCUCUAUGUAUAAAUUUGCCUUACAUGCAACUUGGGGGAAUUAUAUCUCCUAGCAUUGGCAAACUCAGUAGACUACAUAGAUUGGCGCUUCAUCAGAAUGGCUUACACGGAAUUAUCCCCAAUGAGAUUUGCAAGUGUACUGAGCUUAGAGCACUGUACUUGAGGGCUAAUUAUUUCCAAGGAGGUUUCCCACCAGAUAUCGGAAAUCUUUCUUUUUUACAUAUAUUAAAGUUCAAAUACAGGGAUUUAUCUAGCAACUCAUUAAAGGGUGCUAUACCUUCUUCUGUUGGCCGUCUCACGCAUUUGCGAGUUCUGAACUUGUCAACUAAUUUCUUUUCCGGUGAAGUCCCUGAUAUUGGAGUACUAAGCACCUUUGGCAACAAUGCGUUUAUUGGGAAUUUAGAUCUUUGUGGGCGUCAAGUCCAAAAACCAUGUCGGACAUCACUUGGUUUCCCUGCAGUGCUACCACGUGCUGAAGGCGAAGAAGCUACAGUCCCUACCAAAAGAUCUUCACAUUAUGUGAAAUGGGUGCUAAUUGUUGCAAUAAUAGCAAUGGGUGUUUCACUUGUCUUUAUCCUUUCAUUACUCUGGAUUUGCUCUCUAUCAAAGAAUGAAAGAGCUGCGAGGAGAUACAAAGAAGUCAAGAAACAAUUCAGUUCAGAAUCAAGUAUAAUAGAUGGAACAAAACUUACUACUUUCCAUGGUGAUCUUCCAUACACAACAUCAGAGAUUAUAGAAAAGCUAGAGUCUCUUGAUGAUGAUGACGUGGUAGGGUCGGGAGGAUUUGGUACUGUUUACCGAAUUGUUAUGAAUGAUUGUUGUACAUUUGCUGUUAAGCGGAUUGAUAGAAGUCGUCAAGGUUCUGAUCAAGGGUUUGAAAGGGAACUAGAGAUCUUGGGUAGCAUCAAGCACAUUAAUCUAGUAAACCUGCGUGGUUACUGCAGGCUCCCUUCUACAAAGCUUCUAAUCUAUGAUUAUUUGGCCAUGGGGAGCUUAGAUGAUCUCUUGCAUGAAAAUACUGAACAAUUACUAAAUUGGAGUACUCGCCUGAAGAUAGCUCUUGGUUCUGCCCGGGGUUUGGCUUACUUGCACCAUGACUGCUGCCCAAAAAUUGUGCAUCGUGACAUAAAAUCCAGCAAUAUCCUUCUUGACGAAAACAUGGAGCCUCGUGUCUCUGAUUUUGGUCUUGCAAAGCUUUUGGUUGAUGAAGACGCCCAUGUUACAACAGUGGUUGCCGGCACAUUCGGCUAUUUGGCACCAGAGUAUCUACAAAGUGGGAGAGCCACUGAGAAGUCAGAUGUGUAUAGCUUUGGAGUUUUAUUGCUAGAACUUGUGACUGGAAAGAGACCUACAGAUCCUUCCUUUGCAAAUAAAGGCCUAAAUGUUGUUGGUUGGAUGAAAACAUAUCUGAGAGAAGACACAUUGGAAGAGGUGGUAGACAAAAGGUGCAGUGAUGCAGAAUGGGAAUCUGUUGAAGUGAUUCUUGAGCUAGCAGCAAGUUGCACAGAUGCAAACGCGGAUGACCGGCCAUCAAUGAACCAGGUAUUACAGUUGUUGGAACAAGAGGUCAUGUCUCCUUGCCCAAGUGAUCUUUAUGAGUCACAUUCAGAUCACUGAUAAAUGACUGAAGCAAUCCGGUCCAAGAUGCUAUCUUGUUUUGCAAGUCUUCCUUCCUCAUUCUGUGGGUUUAUAAAGUAUAAACUAUUGUUCAACUAGGCGAGAGCACGAGUUUCACUAAUUUUCACUGCUGUUAUCAACAUUUUUGUACAAAAUAUGAUUUUAUUUAUAAUUAUUAAUCAAUUGUGUCGUAAAUCAUUCAAA